UUAAGAAUAGCAAUUUCAGUUUGUGUCUCCGUGGAAUCAACAGAGAAAAAGAUCUUUGCGUUUCCGAGUCUCCAAGUUUCUGUAGACUGCGUGAGACUCGUUGUUGUGAGCAAACAUAAAAACGCAACUCAAGUUCCUUACUUUGUUUUGUUUCCUCUCAAACAACAAAAAAAAUCCCACUUUCUUUAUUUUACUUUUAAUAAGAGUGUGUGAGUAACGGAGCAAAUUUUAUCCCUUUUUCUUCACAGAAGCGUUCUCUGAAGCAGACCCAUUUUGGAGUUUGGAAAACCCUACGGGUGUUCCAAAAUGAAGCUUCGGAGAUCUUCUUUGGGUGUGUUUCUAGGGUUUCUGUUGUUGUCGUUUUCGCCGGCGUCAAUGGCGAAAUUCGUGGUGGAGAAGAACAGCUUGACGGUGACGUCGCCGGAUGACAUCAAGGGCACGCACGAUAGCGCGAUUGGGAACUUUGGGAUACCCCAAUAUGGAGGAAGCAUGGCUGGGAACGUGUUGUACCCAAAGGACAACAAAAAGGGAUGCAAGGAGUUCGAUGAGUAUGGGAUUUCCUUCAAAUCCAAGCCCGGUGCUCUUCCCACUAUCGUUUUGCUCGAUCGAGGAAAUUGCUUCUUUGCUUUGAAGGUCUGGAAUGCCCAGAAGGCUGGAGCUUCUGCUGUUCUUGUUGCGGAUGAUAUUGAGGAAAAAUUGAUAACCAUGGACACACCUGAAGAGGAUGGGUCAUCUGCAAAAUAUAUAGAAAACAUAACAAUACCAUCAGCUCUCAUUGAGAAAAGUUUUGGUGAAAAAUUAAAGAAUGCCAUAAAUAAUGGGGAGAUGGUCAACGUCAAUCUUGAUUGGAGAGAGGCUGUCCCCCACCCAGAUGAUCGUGUAGAGUAUGAAUUGUGGACCAACAGCAAUGAUGAGUGUGGAGUUAAAUGUGAUAUGUUGAUGGAAUUUGUGAAGGAUUUCAAGGGUGCAGCGCAGAUAUUAGAGAAGGGUGGUUAUACUCAAUUUACGCCCCAUUAUAUAACUUGGUACUGUCCUCAGGCAUUCACAUUAAGCAAACAGUGCAAGUCCCAGUGCAUAAAUCAUGGAAGAUAUUGUGCUCCAGAUCCCGAGCAGGAUUUCAGCACUGGUUAUGACGGGAAAGAUGUGGUUGUUGAAAAUUUAAGGCAGCUAUGUGUUUUCAAGGUGGCAAAUGAAACCAAAAAGCCUUGGGUGUGGUGGGAUUAUGUCACUGAUUUUCAAAUUAGAUGCCCAAUGAAGGAGAAAAAAUACAACAAGAAAUGUGCUGAUGCUGUCAUUGAAUCACUUGGCCUUGAUAUUAAAAAAAUUGAAAAGUGCAUGGGAGAUCCAGAGGCUGAUUCUGAAAAUCCUGUUUUGAAAGAAGAGCAAGAUGCCCAAGUAGGGAAAGGGUCGCGAGGUGAUGUUACCAUAUUGCCUACUCUUGUUGUCAACAAUAGACAGUAUCGAGGAAAAUUGGAGAAAGGCGCUGUUAUGAAAGCUAUUUGUGCAGGUUUUGAAGAAACAACUGAACCAGCUGUUUGCUUGAGCAGUGAUGUGGAGACAAAUGAGUGCUUGGAGAACAAUGGUGGUUGUUGGCUGGAUAAAACAGCUAACAUCACUGCAUGCAAGGAUACAUUCCGUGGGAGAGUAUGUGAAUGCCCCUUAGUGGAUGGUGUGCAGUUCAAAGGAGAUGGUUAUACAACCUGUGAAGCUAGUGGACCUGGGCGGUGCAAGAUAAACAAUGGAGGUUGUUGGCAUGAAGCUCGGAAUGGACAUGCAUAUUCUGCUUGUUCGGAUAAUGGAGGGGUUAAAUGCCAGUGUCCUGCUGGCUUUAGAGGUGAUGGUGUCAAAAGUUGUGAAGACAUUGAUGAAUGCAAAGAGAAGAAAGCUUGUCAGUGCCCUGAAUGUAGCUGCAAGAAUACUUGGGGCAGCUAUGACUGCAGUUGCAGUGGGAAUCUCCUGUAUAUCAGAGAUCAUGAUGCCUGCAUAAGUAAAACUGCCAGUCAAGAAGGAAAAUCUGCUUGGGCUGCUUUUUGGGUCAUUCUAGUUGGCUUAGUUGUGGCUGCUGCCGGGGCAUACCUUGUGUACAAAUAUAGAAUAAGGUCUUACAUGGAUUCUGAAAUUAGAGCCAUCAUGGCACAAUAUAUGCCCUUGGACAGCCAAGGAGAAGUUGUAAACCAUGUGAACGAAGAUAGAGCUUGAAAGGAAACACUUAUCAACCUCUAGGGAUAUCAUGUGUGAAGCCUGGGCGUGGCUUAACCUGUGUACCUUGUUGAGUUGUUCAGAAUUCUGAAUAUUUGAAUUUAAUAGACUGUAUCCUAUGGACAAUAAAAAAUUCAGAAUUAGAUAGUUGUCCUACGUUUUUAAUGGUAAUGUAGUAAGUUGUAUACUUGAAAAGGAUGAAUUUAGGGCAGAUUUUAAAUUAUUUCAUUUCACAAGAUUCUAGUAUUUCUGUUUGUGACAUGUUUUGUUUCCACACUUUUGAUUGUAACCUAUGUGUUGACCAAAAAGAGAUUGUAACCUAUUUUGUUUUUUAGUACAGGCUUAAGUGAACAACACUACUCAAUAGAUGUAGAACCACCCGUUGCGCUGCUAUGUUAAUUUUUCAAAAAAAUUUAGUAAUAAUCAGAGAUAUUAAGAAUGUAAGAA